UAGGAUGGGGCACAGGGUGCCCGGGUCCAGCUGAGCACCUUGCCCAUGGCUGCGUGAGCUGCUCUGCCCAGUCCCCUGCCAGGGGCAGCCGCAUGUACCAGGUGCUCAGGGGUGGCUGCUCCCCCAUUACCCAUGCUCGAGUCCCUCAUCUGCCUCUGGACGUUGGCUUGGAGCGGCGGGAGAGCAGCUGUGGGCACCCCAAGGUGGGCGCAGCGUGGGCAGCCCCUCUGGGGGCAAAUGCCCAGCACUGCUGAGGAUGUGUCCGGGACUGACCCAGGGCAGAGGGUGAGCCAGCGGCCACGCAGGGCGGCAGCAGCCGCCGCUCCCAGGGCUGUUCCCCACAGCAGGCAGGGGGUGCAGCUGGAGGGGGCAGCACAGGUGAGGGGACGAGGGCAGGACGCCGAGGCCCCGCAGCUCUGGCCAGCCCCGCUGCGCUGCCAUCGUUCAUUUGUUUCCCUCUUUCAGCUUAUCAGUCCUUUGCUGCCCCAAGCCCCUGUGCUAACCCUCCCUGAAACCGCAAAUCUCUGCCCAGCAGAGGCUGAAGACACCUGAGAUAAGAUCAGCCCGUGCCCGCAGCCAGGCACCGGGCAUUGCGCCCCAGGAUCGGGGUGCGCGGGGCCGAGAGCCGGUGGCAGGCUGUGCCGGAGGGGCCCCCGCCGGAGCGCCUCACCGCUGCUCUUUUCCACGCCGGCGCCUGUGGCAGCGCAGGCUGCCGAGCCCGGGGGCGGAGGUGUCAGCACUGCAGAAGGACUGCGGGGGAGAGGCUGCCUCUGACGGCAAAAGGACAUUUUGCUCCAGGAAGCAUUGGUGAUGGUGGCAGCGUGGCUCCUCCAGCCCACCCAACCCACCAGGACGAGCUGCUCUCUCCAUUCCAGGUGAUGCCAAAGCCACGGAGGAGACCAUGGCCAGGCGCGGUGCUGGGACACCCUUCCUGCUGCGGCUCUCCCUGCUCCUGCUCCUCCGCCCGGGUGGGACCCUGGGCUGUGCCUCAGUGGCCGUGGGCUCACCCGUUGUGCCCCUGGGCUCGGCCGUCACAGCAUCCUGCACCAUCUGGAGCAAGCUCUGCCGCAGCUUGGAGCAGGGGACAGUCCAGAUCACCUGGAUGCUGGACAAUGAGCCUGUGGCCGGGACCCAGCACCGGGGCCCGGGGGGCACAGAGGUGUCCAACCUCACCCUACCCCAGUUUAACCACACGCAGGCCAAGCUGUGGUGCUGGGUGGAGUGGAACGGGACCAAGCAGCGCGUCGGCAUGGCUGAGAUCAGGGCGGGCUAUCCACCUGCAAAGCCCUUCAACCUCAGCUGUGUUCUGAACCUCAGCGACUACGGGCUGACGUGCCAGUGGGAGCCGGGAGCCGACAGCCACCUCCCCACCAGCAUCGCACUGAAGUGUGCCAGGAGCAGAGCCCAGGUGGUGACGGGCUGCAUCCCGCAAGGCGGCCGCAGCUGCUGCACGGUGCCACGCCGGCUGCUCCAGCUCUACCGGCAAAUGGAGAUCUGGGUGUCUGCCACCAACGCGCUGGGCACGGCCGAGUCAGAGCAUCUCUGCAUCGACCCCAUGGAUGUUGCCAAGCUGGACCCCCCGGCCCUGAAGAGCAUCCAGUCCAUCCCCUUCCAGACCGACUGCGUCACCCUGGUCUGGGAGGUGGCACGGAGCAACGCCCACAUGGAGCUGCAGUGCGAGCUGCGCUACCGGGCACCUAAGGACCCCACCUGGGCUCUGGUCACCGGCAUUGUUGGCCAGGCUGGCACCACACAGUGCUGUGGCUUCCUCUUCGGUAUGCAGUACCACUUCCAGAUGCGGUGCCGGCGCAGCUCGGCACAGAGCUACUGGAGCGAGUGGAGCCUGGGCAGGAACUACACCACCCAUGAGAAAGCCCCCGAGGGGAAGCUGGACGCGUGGUGGAGCACUCAGCCGGCCGGGGCAGGCGGGCGGAUGGAGGUGCAGCUGCGCUGGAAGGCCCCACGGCAGCGGGAAGCAAAUGGGCGAGUGCUGGGGUACCGCAUCACCCUAAGCCCGAGGAGGAGGGGCAGGGACCCCCCAACCGUCUGCAACACCACCCACACCCAGUGCAACUUCUCCGCGCCAGCGGGCACCAGGAGGGUCCAUCUCUCAGCCUACAAUGCCGCUGGCGAGUCAGCAGCGACCGAUGUCGUCCUCCUGGAGAGGAAAGGUCAGCCCCUGGCGGGGCUCGAGGCCGUGCCCGGGGGGGAGCACAGCCUCUGGGUGCGCUGGGAGGCACCGCUGGCCCCGGUGGCUGCCUACAUCCUGGAGUGGCAGCGGGUGUCCUCAGAGCCCAGCCGCUGCAGCGCUUGCUGGCAGAUGGAGCGUGAUGCGGCUGCCACCACAGCCCUCAUCCAGGAUGGCAUCGAGCCUUUCCAGAGAUACAACAUCUCGGUGUACCCCCUCUACAAGGACACCAUAGGGGUGCCCAUCCACACCGCAGCCUACUCCAAGCAGAAGGCACCGUCCUACGCCCCAAAGCUCCACCUGAAGAGCAUCAGCAAAUCUGAGGCCGAGCUGUGCUGGGACCCGGUGCCGGUUGAGAUGCAGAAUGGCUUCAUCACCAGCUACACCAUCUUCUGGGCCAACAGCACCGCAGACGUGUCCAGUGCCACCGUGAAUCCCUCCCUCAGCUCCUUUGUCAUCCAGGAGCUGAAGCCAUCGACCCUGUACAAAGUGCACAUCAUGGCAUCCACAGCCGCCGGCAGCACCAACGGCACCAGCCUGACCCUGGUGACCACGGUGCUAGACGACAUUGAAAUCCAGUUCCUCUUCCUGACCCUGGGGCUGAUCUUUGUCCUGCUCAUACUUUUGCUCAUUUGCUUCCAGAAGAACGGGCGGGUGAAGCAGCAGUUCUGGCCCAGCGUCCCCGACCCCGCCAACAGCAGCCUGGGCAAGUGGGUGCCGGCAGAGCUGCAGCAGGAGCCCCUGCAGGUCCCCGGCGUGAGGGAGCCCGGGCUGGCGACCAUUUCUACCGUCACAGUGCUCGAAAGGGCGGCGGGGAAGCCACCGCCCGCCUGGGGCAAGGAGCCCGCCACCGAGCCCACCGGCACCUUCCCCGCCGUGCCCCAGCCCUACGUGCGGCAGGAGGGACCCGGCGUGCCGGGCCGCGGCUGGGCGGCGGCGGAGCCGUGCCAGGGCCCCGGCGGGAGCGGGGAGACCGUCCAGUACGCGCGGGUGGUGGGCGACGGGUACAAGGGCCAGCAGCACGCCCUGCCGCGCCUCUACCUGCGCUCCAGCUCCACGCAGCCCCUGCUCCUCGACCCCAGCCCCAGCCCCAAGCCCUACGAGAACCUGUGGUUCCACGAGGCUGCCCCCCACGGCUACCCGGGGGACGAGGGGUGCCCCGAGGAGCCCCCGGCCACCUUCCCCCUGCUGCAGGGCCUUCGCAUCAACGGGGCCGAGGAGCUCCACGACUGCCGGGCGUUUUAGUGCCGGGGACCGGGCGGCGCUAACGGGCCCAGCCCCGGGGCACCGCUCACCGCGACACCCCGGGCACGGCGGGUGGGCUCCCUCCGCCGGUGCUGUGUGCGUCCCCUCCCUUCCCCUCCCCUCCGCAAUAAACGGGGACGCGCUGAGAA